AUGUCUUUCAACGAAAGUAUGUAUGACGUUCCAGAAUACGAGAUGAUCACGACAGAAGACUGUUGGACAGUCAUCUCGUCGUUCUUCGAGGAAAAGGGUCUUGUCUCGCAGCAGUUGGACUCGUUUGAAGAGUUUAUCGAGUCGUCUAUUCAGGAACUGGUUCUUGAAGACAAAAAACUGAUCCUUGAUCAGCCAGCACAGCAUAUUACAGAGGAUGACGACGUGAGCAGACGAUACGAGAUCACAUUUGGAGAUAUUUUUCUUUCGAAACCUUCUCAGACAGAGGCUGACGGUACCACGAGUACUCUUCUUCCACAAGAGGCAAGACUGAGAAACCUCACCUACUCGGCGCCUUUGUACGUUGAAAUGAAGAAGAUGGUGAAGGAAAGUAUAGAUGACGAUGAUGUGGUUACCACGCAGGUUGUUUGGUACAGAGAGGGCGAGAUCACCAGGUACCGAAACGGUGAGAUCGAGCAGGACGAAAUGGUCAUUAUGCCUCCUAACUUUGACGAUGACAGCGACGAUAUCAUAGAAGAGAGACACGGCAUUAAGGUGCAUCGUUCCGGUGCUGAGUCACAAACGAUCUUCAUAGGUAAGGUGCCUAUUAUGUUGAAGUCCAAGUUCUGUUCUCUGUAUGGUCUUUCGGAGGACGAAUUAUACGAAAUCAGAGAAUGUCCAUUUGAUAUGGGAGGAUACUUCAUCAUCAACGGUUCCGAGAAGGUUUUAAUUGCCCAGGAGAGAUCUGCCGCCAAUAUUGUGCAAGUUUUCAAAAAGUCUCCGCCAUCUCCAGUGUCCCACAUAGCUGAGCUCAGAUCCGCGUUGGAAAAAGGUUCGAGACUCAUUUCUUCUAUUCAGGUCAAGCUUGCAAGAGGAGGUGCCUCCAACUUCAAGAGCGGUGGUGUGGGGAGAUCGAUCAAGGCUACUCUUCCGUAUAUCAAGGCUGACAUUCCGAUUGUGAUUGUGUUCAGAGCUUUGGGAGUGAUUGAGGACGGAGACAUCUUGCAGCACAUUUGUUACGAUGAGAACGAUUGGCAGAUGCUCGAGAUGUUGAAGCCUUGUAUUGAAGAAGGAUUCUUGAUCCAAUCGCAGGAAGUCGCCCUGGAUUACAUCGGAAGAAGAGGAAACUCGAUCGGAAUCAAGAAAGAGAGACGUAUCCAGUACGCAAAGGACAUUUUGCAACGUGAGUUCCUUCCGCAUAUUUCGCAAGAUUCCGGUUACGAAACCAACAAAGCUUAUUUCCUUGGAUACAUUGUCAACAGAUUGCUUUUGUGCGCUUUAGAAAGAAAAGAACCAGAUGACAGAGAUCAUUUCGGUAAAAAGAGAUUGGACCUUGCCGGUCCGUUGCUAGCCAACCUGUUUAGAAUUCUGUUCAGAAAAUUGUCCAGAGACAUUUACAGAUACAUGCAGAGAUGUAUUGAAAGAGGCGACGACUUCAACAUUGUCAGUGCUGUGAAAUCUAACACCAUCACGUCUGGUCUGAAGUACUCUCUUGCAACCGGAAACUGGGGAGAGCAGAAGAAGGCCAUGAGCAGUAGAGCUGGUGUCUCUCAGGUGUUGAACAGAUACACGUACUCUUCGACCUUAUCGCAUUUAAGAAGAACCAACACGCCUAUUGGAAGAGACGGUAAAUUGGCCAAGCCACGUCAAUUGCAUAACACACACUGGGGUCUCGUUUGUCCUGCCGAGACUCCUGAAGGACAAGCCUGUGGUCUGGUGAAGAACUUGUCGCUAAUGGCCUGUGCCUCGGUUGGUUCUGCUUCCGAGCCUAUCACUUACUUGCUGGAGGAGUGGGGAUUGGAGCCGUUGUCUGACUACGAGCCACAGGAGCACAAGAACGCAACGAGAGUGUUUUUGAACGGAAAUUGGGUCGGAACGCACAGAGACCCUGCCAUGUUGGUUGAAACUAUGAGACAACUCAGAAGAAGUGGUACCAUUUCUCCAGAGGUGUCCUUGAUUAGAGACAUUAGAGAGAGAGAGUUCAAGAUCUUCACCGAUGCAGGAAGAAUUUAUAGACCGUUGUUCAUUGUCGACAAUGACCCUGACAGCGAGCACAAGGGUGAACUGAAGUUGACGAAAGAGCACUGUCGUAAGAUUCUAGACAGAGAAGUGGAAGAAAUCGUGCAGGACGAGGAAUUUGACGACGAGGGCCAGCCUUUGGGCCCUGUUCAAAGAGUGUUUGGCUGGGACUCCCUAUUGAGCAACGGCAUUAUCGAGUAUCUCGAUGCCGAGGAGGAGGAGACGGUUCUGAUCGCCAUGUCUCCAGAAGACCUGAUCUCCUCUGCCAGUGCAGAAGUGCAGAAGGCCGAGCGCGACUUGGAUCCUGCCAAGAGAAUCAAGAACGUCGUGAAGGCGCACUCGUUCACGCAUUGUGAGAUUCAUCCGUCGAUGAUUCUCGGUGUGGCCGCCUCCAUCAUUCCGUUCCCAGACCAUAACCAGUCUCCAAGAAACACCUACCAGUCUGCGAUGGGUAAACAGGCCAUGGGAGUUUUCUUGACGAACUACAGUGUCAGAAUGGACACUAUGGCGAACAUCUUAUACUAUCCGCAAAAGCCACUGGCAAAGACGCAAUCUAUGGAGUAUCUGAAGUUCAGAGAGCUUCCUGCUGGGCAGAACGCCAUUGUGGCCAUUGCGUGCUACUCUGGUUACAACCAGGAAGACUCGAUGAUUAUGAACCAAUCGUCCAUUGACCGUGGUUUGUUCAGAUCGCUCUUCUUCAGAUCCUACAUGGAUCAGGAGAGAAGAAGCGGUAUUUCUGUGGUGGAGGAGUUUGAAAAGCCAAUGCGUUCCAGCACCUUGGGCUUCAAACAGGGCACUUACGAGAAGCUGGACGACGAUGGACUGAUUGCUCCUGGUGUUCGUGUUUCCGGAGACGAUAUUAUCAUUGGUAAAACCGUUCCUAUUCCACCAGACACGGAGGAGCUUGGCCAAAGAACUAAAUAUCACACAAAGAGAGACGCCUCGACGCCGCUGAGAACGACAGAGAGCGGAAUUGUCGACCAGGUGCUUCUGACCACCAACGCCGAGGGACUCAAGUUUGCCAAGGUCAGAAUGAGGACCACGAAAGUGCCGCAGAUCGGAGACAAGUUUGCCUCCAGACACGGUCAGAAGGGUACCAUUGGUAUCACGUAUAGACACGAGGACAUGCCUUUCACCGCACAGGGUAUUGUUCCGGACCUGAUCAUCAACCCGCACGCCAUUCCGUCCCGUAUGACAGUCGCCCACUUGAUCGAGUGUUUGCUGUCCAAGGUGGCCUCGAUGAGAGGUUAUGAGGGAGAUGCCACGCCGUUCACGGAUCUGACUGUGGAUGCGGUGUCGAAACUUCUCAGGGAGAACGGCUACCAGAGCAGAGGUUUUGAAGUGAUGUACAACGGACACACCGGUAAGAAGCUCAUGGCACAGGUGUUUUUUGGUCCUACAUACUACCAGAGACUGAGACACAUGGUGGACGACAAGAUCCAUGCCAGAGCCAGAGGGCCAUACCAGAACCUUACUCGUCAACCUAUGGAGGGUAGAGCCAGAGACGGAGGACUCAGAUUCGGAGAAAUGGAGCGUGAUUGUAUGAUUGCGCACGGUGCGGCAGGCUUCCUGAAGGAGAGACUGAUGGACUCGUCGGACGCUUUCAGAGUCCACAUUUGUGGUAUCUGUGGUUUGAUGAGCGUCAUUGCCAACUUGAAGAAAAACCAAUUCGAGUGCAAGUCCUGUAAGAAUAAGACCAACAUUUACCAGAUCCACAUUCCAUAUGCCGCCAAGUUGUUGUUCCAGGAACUGAUGAGUAUGAACAUUGCGCCAAGAUUGUACACCCAGAAGAGUGGAGUCACCAACAGAUAA